CCGCCGCUGCAGCCGGCAGGAUGAUCGCCGCCCAGCUCCUGGCCUACUACUUCACGGAGCUGAAGGAGGACCAGGUCAAAAAGAUCGACAAGUACCUCUACGCCAUGCGGCUGUCGGACGAAACGCUGCUGGACGUCAUGGCUCGCUUCAGGAGGGAGAUGAAGAACGGCCUCUCCAGGGAUUUCAACCCCACAGCCACUGUGAAGAUGCUUCCCACCUUCGUGAGGUCCAUUCCUGACGGCUCAGAGAAAGGAGAUUUCAUUGCACUGGAUCUUGGUGGUUCUUACUUCCGAAUCCUUCGGGUGAAGGUUUCGCAUGAGAAAAAGCAGACGGUGCAGAUGGAGAGUGAAAUCUACAACACCCCAGAGGACAUCAUGCACGGGAGUGGGACACGGCUUUUUGAUCAUGUUGCUGAAUGCCUGGGAGACUUUAUGGAGAAACAACAAAUCAAAGACAAGAAACUGCCAGUCGGGUUUACAUUUUCCUUCCCCUGUCGACAAUCCAAGCUAGAUGAGGGUUUCCUGAUAACCUGGACGAAGCGCUUCAAAGCCAGCGGAGUGGAGGGAGCAGACGUCGUGAGGCUGCUCAACAAGGCCAUCAAGAAACGCGGGGACUACGACGCAGAUAUCAUGGCAGUGGUGAACGACACCGUGGGCACCAUGAUGACCUGUGGCUUUGACGACCAGCGCUGCGAAGUCGGCCUCAUCAUCGGCACGGGCACCAACGCCUGCUACAUGGAGGAGAUGAGGCACAUCGACCUGGUGGAGGGGGACGAGGGCAGGAUGUGCAUCAACACAGAGUGGGGGGCCUUUGGGGACGAUGGCUCGCUGGAAGACAUCAGGACCGAGUUCGAUCGGGAGAUUGACCGCGGAUCCCUGAAUCCUGGCAAGCAGCUGUUUGAGAAGAUGGUCAGUGGGCUGUACAUGGGGGAGCUGGUAAGGCUCAUCCUGGUGAAGAUGGCCAAGGAGGGGCUGCUCUUUGAGGGGAGAAUCACCCCUGAGCUUCUCACCAAAGGGAAGUUUGAGACAAAGCAUGUUUCUGCCAUUGAAAAGAGCAAAGAAGGCCUGAACAAAGCCAAAGAGAUCCUGACCAGGCUGGGGGUGGAGCCGUCCCCCGAGGACUGCAUCGCUGUGCAGCACGUGUGCACCAUCGUGUCCUUCCGCUCCGCCAACCUGGUGGCCUCCACGCUGGGGGCCAUCCUCAACCAGCUGAGGGACAACAAGGGCGUGGGCCGCCUGCGCACCACCGUGGGCGUGGAUGGCUCCCUCUACAAGAUGCACCCACAAGAUGGAGGCGGGGCUGAAGAAGAAGACUCACGACACGGCCAAAGUGAAGAUGCUGCCCACUUUUGUGCGCAGCACGCCCGACGGGACAGAGAAUGGAGACUUUCUGGCACUUGACCUCGGAGGGACAAACUUUAGAGUUUUGCUGGUGAAAAUACGCAGUGGUAAAAGGAGAACAGUGGAGAUGCACAACAAGAUCUAUGCCAUUCCCAUAGAGGUGAUGCAGGGAACAGGAGAAGAGCUGUUUGAUCACAUCGUUACCUGCAUUUCUGACUUCCUGGAUUAUAUGGGGAUAAAAGGAGCACGUCUUCCUCUUGGCUUCACCUUUUCCUUCCCCUGCAAGCAGACCAGUCUGGAUGCUGGUAUCCUUCUCAAUUGGACAAAAGGCUUCAAAGCUACAGACUGUGAGGGAGAAGAUGUGGUAUAUUUACUUAGGGAAGGAAUUAAAAGAAGAGAGGAAUUUGACUUGGAUGUGGUGGCUGUGGUGAAUGACACAGUGGGCACGAUGAUGACUUGUGCUUAUGAAGAUCCAAACUGUGAAAUUGGGCUCAUUGUGGGAACGGGCAGCAAUGCCUGUUACAUGGAGGAGAUGAGGAACAUCGAGAUGGUGGAUGGUGAGCAGGGCAGGAUGUGUGUGAACACGGAGUGGGGAGCCUUCGGGGACAACGGCUGCCUGGACGACAUCAGGACAAUCUAUGACAAAGCAGUGGAUGACUUCUCCCUGAAUGCUGGCAAGCAGAGGUAUGAGAAAAUGAUCAGUGGGAUGUACCUGGGGGAAAUAGUGCGCAAUAUUUUGAUUGACUUCACCAAGCGGGGUUUCCUGUUCCGAGGCCAGAUUUCAGAGACACUGAAGACCAGGCAUAUCUUUGAAACCAAGUUCCUUUCUCAGAUUGAGAGUGACAGGUUAGCCCUGCUGCAGGUGAGAACCAUCCUCCAGCAGCUGGGGCUCAACAGCACCUGCGACGACAGCAUCAUCGUCAAGACGGUGUGCGGGGCGGUGUCGAGGCGAGCAGCCCAGCUCUGUGGGGCUGGAAUGGCUGCCAUUGUAGAUAAAAUUAGGGAGAACAGAGGCUUGGAGCGCCUGGAGAUAACGGUUGGUGUGGAUGGAACUCUCUACAAACUCCACCCACACUUCUCGAGGAUCAUGCACCAAACAGUCAAAGAGCUGGCGCCCAACUGCGACGUGACCUUCCUGCUGUCGGAGGACGGCAGCGGGAAAGGGGCAGCGCUCAUCACAGCCGUGGGAUGCAGGCUCCGUGAGGCUGAGCAGAACUGAACUCCACAGCCCUGGCCUCAAUUCUGUCUUGUGUUUCUCAUAAAGCAGCGACUGGCAUAGUCAGAACUGGUAAAAAACUCAGAACUCGCUGCUUUAUCGGGGGAAAAAAAUAUUACAACUAAUGACAUAAAAAAAAAAAUAGGAUACAAGAUAGAAUGUGUGCUCUUAAUAAUAUCUCCUGUUUCUGGACCCCAAUCUGCAUGUUUCUUACUCACCUUGUCGGUACUUUCCCCAUCUGUAGGUCAUGGAAAAAAAAAACAGUCUAUAAUUUCUGCAGUUGUCAAAAAUCAGUUGUUGUCUGAGACGAAAUUGCCCCCAAGUGAUGUGCGUUGAGAGCUCCCGUUGCAUCGUACCAAACGUGUUCUUUGCAGCAUCCCUGUUAAGCACACUGCCAGCACGCUGACCACCAGACCUGGGUGUUGAUGCUUUUAAGUGAAGGGGAAGCAACAGUUCCCUCCUGCAUUAUCUACCUGCUGUUGUUUUGUCUCAAACGGUUGUGAAAACAUUUUGGUGUGUCGGCACCGUGCACGCACGUAACUCUGUAGUGGGACUUGACACCGCGACUUACUCGCUUCCUUGAUGCCUCCUGUCAUGGUGAAAGUAAACACCCUUGUCCCACAGACCUGGUUCCACUGGUAUUCCCCAUUGCUUCUGUGAGUAGUGUUGUGUUCCUGGGCGAAAUCCGUCACGUUUCGGCGAGAAAUCCCUAAAGAGUGGUCGGUGACUGGGGUAAUCCAAAUCUCCAGCCCUGCCAAUUCGAUAGAUCUGUGCUCCCUACACGGCUGUGCUGUGUUCUUCUGUCAAAGGGUUCUUACAGAGAACAGUUCCUGUCUCUUCUUGUCAGUCUAGGUCGGGGCACUGCAGCUGCCCUUGCACCAAACCUGCAGCGCAGCCGCGUCCCCCGGCUGCGCCUGCUUCCGUCUCUCGCCUUAAAUGGGUAUUUGCUUCCACACAGAGCUUUAAUCUGUAAUGCUGUCCAGCAGCCACUCGGAACACAGACACCCAGCCAGAGUUAGUGCGCAGAAAGGAAGGGGAAGGUUGUGUUUUGAUCUUGCCUUGGAGGACCCGGGUGCGUAAACAACCCAAAAAGCCAAAAUUGGGUGCAGCUUAUUCCAAGGACGAAGGCAACAGCAGAUCAUUUACACGUGGUGUACCCUGUCCUCUGUCCAGUCAAUGCCAUUAUUAUAUUUGCAUUAUUGUAUUUCCAUCACUUAAAUUGAGAAGCAGCUAGGAAGGUACAUCUUGAGUAACAUUUGUAAGUCACGCCACUUUCUGCAAAGAGGGAGACCACACAGUUAAGUCCUUAAUUCCCACUCUUCUACCAAAAAUGAAUCUGAGAUGUCUGCAUGGUUUUCCCUGCUGCCUUUUCCUGCAGAAAGUAGAUGGAAAUUUGCAGGCUGCUCUUCUCUGCUCUCGUUCCACUCCCUAAGAUUUGGAUUGCCCCUACCUAUCGAUAACAUUUCAAUAUGCAUUAUGGUGCACUGUGAGUGAAUGUUGUAAAGUAACCUGUAAGUCACAAACAGUCAUUGCAGCUUUAAGUGUGUGUCUACCUGAAAAAUUGCAUGCCUAACUGGUUUUGCAAAGGUAGAGGGUCUUUUUACUUUGCACACUAGUAGCUCUGGUACUAGUGUUACGUGAUACUUGUGAAAAUAUUAAACUUUUUUGAUGUGCGUUAACUGGUGUUUAGUGGUUCUUUCUGGAAGAGGUGCUGUUGGCUGGUGGCUUAGUGCUUUGGGAAGAGCUAUUGUGUAGGGAGAGCUGCAACCUAAUCCCAGUGGUGCCUGUGUUUUGUGUGUGUGUUUUUAUUCCCGGGCAUUCGGGGUCAGAUUCACACAGGUCCCCGUGCCUCGUGUUUCCUAGCGUAGUUCAGCAGAGGCACAGCGCUGACAGCGCCCAAAUCUUAGGGGCCCCUGGGUGCCCCUGCCUUGUGCAGGGGGAUGUGUGCUGCAGGAAAGCCUUGGGGUGCUGCCUUGAGGGCGGUGUGGUGUCACCAGGCUGUGAGCUCCCUGUGUGUGUAGCGUUAAUGCUGGCUCAGCACCGCUGUCAGGUGCUCUGCAGCCCUGGCUGGCACAGCCGGUGAUGGAGCUGUGCUGGAUGAAAGCCCCUUUUGCGUACACUAAAGCUGUGCUUCUCCAAUAACGCGUUUUAUGUUACAGCCUGAAUAGUCUCUGACAGCCUUGAUGUGCAGCUAUGACCCCAAACAGGAGACAGAAGAAGGUGAGAAAGGUUUUUGGGCGCAGGGGACACGUUGCAUUUGAAUUGCUUGGAGGUUUGCAGAUCUUGUGCCUGCCGCCGGCAGUGCUGUAGGGGUGGUGUGAGCCGUGCCUGGGACCUGGCUCUGCAGCUCUUUGGCACCCGAGGGCCAGGCUCAGAGCAGGAUACAGGGUGAGGGAGAAGUGGAACUUAAACUUGGUCUCAGGGUGACUGUGGAUUUUGGAGAUGCUGGCAUAGGUCGUUUUGUUUAUUGGAUCCAGCUCAUAACAAAUAGGGAGUGAGUUUGUGUUUCUAACUUUUCCUACCGUGGACCAUAGUUGAUGUGCUUGGUAAGACACGGCAGUUCUUUUCCAAAGGGAGACAUGGUGGGAUUUCCAUUUCCAGACUACUUCUUACCCCUAGGAAACUGUUCCAAGUGAAUCACAAGCUAUGACUGUCUGAAGAAAUGUCUCCAAUGUUAUACAAUCAAUGACUGAGAUGUCUUUCUUAAAGCUUUUAGGCUUGGUGAAUAAAAUCACAGUCCUCUUAACUGUUAAGCUGUAAUUACUGCAAUAUGAACACAAAAAUCUUAUAUUUCCUGGGGAAAAGACCAUUUGCAUACCACUGUUGUAAUGUCAUCUGCUCCUUACUCCUCUGGGGUUCUCUCAGAAGCCUUUUGAAUGAGUUUUAAAACAAGCAGACCUUGUUUUGUUUUGUUUUCUUAAGAAAAUAGCAGAAGGCAAAAUAAAGUGUUUCUGAACUUCUGAA